AAGAUGUACAUUAGGUGACACUCUAACUUACCAUUGAGCUUUCAGGGAUGGACAGAAUGUGGUUCAACGUGUUUAUGUAACUUACCGGGUUUGGGCCAGAUAUGAUGCUACAAGUUACAUGGUGUCAUUUCCACCCCUUACUCCUCUUCUGAAGUUCCUUGGAUGCCAUCCACUGCCCUGGCAUUCCAUUAGCUACCUAUUGGUUACCGUACUCAGUUCAAGGUAUUGGUUAUUACAUACAAAACUCAUCACGGCCCUGGUCCGGCAUACCUGUGGGACCACCUCCCUAUGUUCCUCCGCGGGAAUUUCAUUCAUCUGAACAGGGGUUCCUACAGGUGCCACCCAGCACAUGGGCAAAAUCAACAGCAGCCCGUACGCGGGUUUUCUCUGUGGUGGAUCCUACCCUGUGGAAUGGCCUCCUGAGGUCAGGAGAACCUCCACACUCUUGGCUUUCUGCAAACAAUGCAAAACCAAAUUAUUCAAAAAGGCUUUUUACUCGGAUAAGAGGACUGUAUUGUAGGGAGAGGGUCUCAGAUGUUUCACUAAUGAGUUAGGGACCAUAGACUUUCACCACUAUGUUGCCUUACUUACAGUCUGUUAUUUUAAACAUUUGUUCCUAUGAACUACCUGUGCUUCAUGUUGUCUAAUGUUAGCCCUAGAAUUGCUUAUGUUCUAUUUCAGCAUUUCUCCAACUCUGUAUUGGAUUCUUGCUAAUGCUGUGUCUUUGUAAACUUGUGUUUAUUUACCCUAUGGCAUUGUUUAUGGAAAUGUCCUUGAUAUUGACUGUACUAAUCUUACACUGUGUAAUCUUCCUUGAGUCUCAGUGAGAAAGGCGAACUAUAAAUGACAUAAAUAAAAAUAAACAAAAAAUAAAAAGAAAUACCAGGGAACUUCAAGUUAUUCUCUACCAAGCUGACGGACUAGCAAAGAGCUAUACCCUUUCCAGGCAGGGACAUCGCAAAUUGUAUGCUCCCAGCUUGACUACAGAUAUACAUUCAAGAUCCUUUGGAUUUUAUCUCCAAAUCUCAUGAGGCGCUUGAGUGUCAGAAAAUACAUUGAGACGUAGUUGAUAAGAGAAAGUACUACUUCUGUUUGCUAUGAAAGCCUGCUAUAAAAUUCAAGGUUAUCAGCUGAAAUUGAAACUAUGAAUUGUGGAACUCAGUUUGUUGAAACCCUAAAGAGGAUAAGUUAUCCUGAGACAGCUGCUCUUAAUGGAGAAGACUUUGAUUGGUUGUUUGAGACAUUGGAAGAUAAAUCGUUUUUGGAAUGGUUUUGUACAAAUGUGAAUGAGUAUCAUGCAUUAUCUGAAGAAGAGCUGCAGUUAUUUCACAACCUCCUUAACUCUGCAAAGCCUGUGCUAGAAGAAGAGGCUCUGGGUGAAGUUCUGAAGACCUGUAAGCCACUUGAUUUAAAUAGCAGUAAUUUGGAAGAAGAAAAUCUUAAAGCAUUAGAAGAUGAACUUCAGGCACUCCAAAAGAUGAAAAAUCUAAAGAUUCGUCACCGUAACAAACUUCAAGCAAUGACUUCAAUCAGUAGUCUUCGGUCACUGAAGCUUAAAGAGAUGGUGGAGGAAACAGCUAAAAGCCUGAAAGAUGUGCAGGCAAUGUUUGCUGUCAUGAAUACAAAGAUAAACAAUGAGCUGAAAUCUCUUAUUGAAAGAGUUCAGAAGCUGACUUCUUUCUUUAUUGUUCAAUGCAAUCAGAAAGGACUGGAGCCUCAAUCUGUGCUGUUAGCCCAGCUUGCCUUGGAUGACUACUUGGGCCAGGAAGAACAAAGCACCGCAGCCCUGACUUUGUAUACAAAAAAGCAAUUUUUCCAAGGAAUCUCGAAGUUGGUUGAAAGUUCAAAUGAAGAAAAGUUUCAGCUUGUUGAUAUAAGGAGUUCAUUCACUGAUUCUGAGAGCAGCAAUGUUUGUGAAGAGCCACUAGAACUUACCAGGCUCCAGACAGCUUAUGUUUGUGCACAGCAUCAGCUAAUUCAGCAGAAAGCUAGGGAUCUAAGCAUGAGAUCUGGUCUUCAGUGGGCAGAGGAUAAUAUUUCCUCUUUAAAGAAAGUGAUGCCUGGAAAAGAAAAUUUUGAAGCUAGAAUUUCUAGCUUGAACAAUGAAAUCUCAAAAAUAAAAACACACUUGGCUCAGAUAAACAGUGAAACCCUACCUUUGCUCAUAAAGGAAGAUGCAGAGCUAUUGAAUAUGCCAGUGGUGAAGGGUGAUUUUGAUCUACAGAUUGCUCGACAGGACUACUACACAUCCAGACAAGACCAGAUUUGUAAUCAGCUGCUCAAACAGAAGGCGGCAUUUGAACUUCUUCAGUUAGCUUAUGAAAUUGAGUUGAGAAAACUUAGGGAUAACAGCCGUCUGCUUGAAAAAAUAACACAAGUUCUGAAGCAAAGCAGUAACGGUUUGGAGCAGACACUAGAAGCAAUGUCUGAGCCGUCCAUAUCCCAGUAUAAAAUACCAAGAAGCACUAUUGAUUCAAGAGAUAAUGCUGCACAUAGGUUGUAUCAACUUCUUGAAGGAAAGGAUACAAAGCAGUUGUUUAGAACCAAUGAAGGCCUUGAGCAGGUGGCUGAAAAGUUACGUCUAGAAACAGCGUUUGUCCUCGAUCAAUUAGCAGUACUCAGCCAAGAACAAACUCUUCUUCUGUCAAAGAUGGAUGCUGAUUUAGAUGCCCUUCAUGAGACAAUGUACUUCAGAGGAGAUGGGGUCUCUCUUAGUAACUCGGAACUGAUUGAGCAGUUUCAUCAGCUGGAAUUCCAGUUAAAUAAAUUAAACCAGCUUAUCAUGGAUUUUCUUGCUGACAUAAAGGCUAAGAAGAAGGUUUUGGACAAUAAUAAAUUACAACAGAUUGAAAGAAAAUUAUAUGUUUACUUUUUUAAAAAUAAAGAGUGUUUGAAGAAUGUUGUGGAGAGAAUGGAACAACAGGCAAAGGCUCAAGCCUUUGAUUACAAUUAAAUUUUAAAUGACAUGAUGUUAAAUGUUUUAAGUUUUUAUGUUGAAUUUUGAAGUGUUGGAAUUAACAAAUGCAAGGAAAACUUUACUUCCUGUAGCAUCAGCAAAAUCAUAAAAAACACCUCCCAGUACUGUUAACUGUUUGUUAUCCUUGGUUGUCCUAGAUUUUUAAAGUGCUGCUUGUUUGCUCAGAGGGAAAAGAAAAGCCUCACUUACAAAGCUCAUAAGGAAUCUUGUAAGUCUAUAUGGACUUCUCUGUUCCAGCCAAAAGACUGCCUUACCACCACAUUCAGAAUGCUUUGUGUGAUUGGAUAUUCUUGGCUAGAAUAGGGAAGGCCAAAUGCUGACUCUAAUGGUUUUCUGUUAGAUACAGUUUUUAUGAUAUCUUUUCCCUGAUUUUAUUCUGUUGAUUGCCUCCAAAUCUACAGGAUAGCUAAUACCCUAAUAGUUGAUUAUACCUGUAGCUCUCUCCCCCUGAAUUAACAAAUGCUACUAUUGUUACUAUAAUUUAUUUUUAAUCUGCUUUUGACUUGACUUUUUUGCAAUGUUUAAGGACAGUAACUUGACUUUUAAUGCUAGAUGAAUACAGUACAGAAAGUAAGGUCACAAUCCUAAACAUACAUAUUGAACUCAAUGAAUCUUACUUCCAAGUAAUUCAGCUGUAAAUUGAUACUAUUAAAAUGUGAUUUUGAGAGUUAAUGUUACAUGACCAUGUGAACUCUGUAAGCAACUGCAAUACAUUUUUAACAGUUCUUAGUGCCAAGUGUUUGUUUCUUAUCUUGGGAAGGGGAAAAUGUGUUGAUUUUUAUCACAUCCAUAUCCUACCAUGCCAAGCUAUUCAGACAGACUUGCUCCUAUUAUUACAGUUUUGUGAGGUAGCUUUGGGUGGUACCCAUUUGAUUUAUUUA